UCGCGCCGUUCGUUUGGCAGGGGGAUGAUUUUUAUUUUUAUUUUAUUUUGUUUUUAUUUGAAAACAUAUAGAGAUCCAACAGAAAAUUUAUUAAAAGAAGGGAAAAGCUCGUCCUGGAAUCCAAUUAAUACUGGGGUACAGAAAGGGAGUGGACAAAUUCAGCUAUGGCAGUUUCUCCUCGAACUCCUGUCUGACAGCUCCAACAUUACCUGUAUUGCCUGGGAAGGAACUAAUGGGGAAUUCAAGCUCAUUGACCCAGACGAAGUGGCCAGGCGCUGGGGCGAACGGAAGAGUAAACCCAACAUGAACUACGACAAGCUGAGUCGCGCGCUCCGUUACUACUAUGACAAAAAUAUCAUGACCAAGGUCCACGGAAAACGCUACGCGUACAAGUUCGAUUUUCACGGCCUGGCUCAGGUGUGCCAGCCCUCCUCUACUGAACACGCUCUGUAUAAAUUCCAGAGCAAUUUCGCUCCCAUUCCGUUUUCAGGGAUUUCGAAGCUGAACCUCGUGGCUCCAGGCGUUGGGCCGUCUGGGUUCUCGUACUGGCCGGGUUCUCCACCAACUCUUUACCAUAGCCACAACCUGCAACCCACAGGACCGUUUGGUGCUGUGUCUGCGUCACAUAUCAGCUGCGUUAACAAUAUAAACAAUUUGAAUAAUAUAAAUAACCACUACAACUGAAUGAAUCUCUCUCUAUCUCUCUCUCUCUCUC